GAGGACGCUGAAUACAGUAUGGCGAUUUAAACUUUUGUUCAAUUGCGUUUCUUUUCAAAUAUUUUGCAGCCGUUUUCUUCCCUUUUAGCCUAAGAAUGAUCGUCUGUAAGAACGGCGUUGAGCAGGGGUUUGUUUUGAUUUAAAUUCGCACCAAUUUUCCCGUUUAUACAGAGGUUUUCUGUCAAAGUAUACGGACAUUUAGUCGGGAUAAUUUUCAAGGAUGAAAAGGGUCGACAAGGGUGAAGUAGUUUUAUGUCUUUUUUGAUGGAAUGCGAUGUUCACGUUUGCCGAGACUUGAGUUGUAUUCAGGGACUGGAAGUGGAAUGUGUUGAAAACCUUUAAGGAAUACUCGUAAAUGGAUAUUUGUGGGACAAAUGCAAAGUUACUGUGAACUGUGAAGAAAAGAAUUAUGGAAAAACAGGUUUAUAUUGCAGAGAUUGGAAAGACUAAAGAAAUUCUAAGAGCAAGCAAGAGAAUAAUGCGCCUUGUUAUGGUUGGUCAUCAGUUAUUAAUGGUGAACAUAUACCUUCAAGACGAAACAGGCCAGAGAAGUUCAGCAAAUGCGGAACCAGGAAAUAAUUCUGAGAAAUCAUAUGAAUGGUUUAAAGAAGAUAAACUAUUGGCAAUUGUUGAUAGUUUGAAACAAGUUAUGGUGAAAAGAAUAAAUUCAUUUGCAAAACAAUAUUAUAGCAAGAAACUUGAGUCAGCGAGGGAUUUAACAGUCAGAUACAGUUUUAAAAGAAGAUCUUCUACCCCAGGGCAACAUUAUGUCACCACAAAGCCUGAGAGUAUUUUCUGUUUGCAUGGUAGAAAAAUCAAGGAGAAAAAUGUGAGCUACAAAAGUUGUCCCAUUUUUCAUGAAACUUUGGAAGUGGAAGUGAGAAGAAUUCCUGCCACAACCAAAUCAGAAAAUGAUCAAGUCAACAUAGUUCAACGUCAGAUUAAGCCUGUGAAAGAAAACAUUCAAAUACAAGAGGCAGCGACAAGCAGUUACUUCAAUGAACAGACUGACAUCUUGCAAACAUCAUCUGUUAAACGAAAGAAAACUACCCUUAGAAAAAUGGCAAAAAAGUCUAGAGUAGCACUAACUGAAAUACCCUCAUACCAGAAGAACUCCAAGUCGCAAGCUUCGCCAGUGUCCCACAAAGGACAGAUUAUUGUUGUUGAGAAUAAUUCAUUCCUGGAGAAAAAUAAUAGUCCAUUAACUGAAUCUGUACUUGGUGGAGCAGCUAAUAGGGCGAAGAUUACUGCAGUCAUUGACCUUGAGCAAGUGCCAGCAGGCUUAAAUCAUGUCAGCAAAGUUGAGGAUUUGCAGGAAGAUCACUUGAAAUUCUUGAUCAAUCAAAUGGAAGACUAUCUGAGAACAAUAUUUCGAGGAGAGGUUUAUAGCCAAAGACACGAGGAUUACAAAAAAGGUGGAAAAUAUCGAGAUGACCUGAAUUUUCAAGUUGGAAUGGCACACUUUAAUGAAGACCAGCAUGAAUGUAUUAUGUCAUCACUGGUCGCCAUGUUCUGCUAUAGAGACAGCAAGUAUUUGGAUUAUGUUACAAAAGUCAUGCUGCCUGAGGCACUUAUCAAGUUAUACCAAGAUAUUCACAAAACAAGUUUUGAGGAGGCUGAGGAAUGUCUGUUCAAUGAUACAAUUUGUGACAAUUAAUGAAUGAUACUCACAUCAUACUGUUAUUUAAAAGGAAAGUAUUUAAAUGAAAGAAAUUCAGAUUGUUAGAAUUAUACGCAUUGUUGUUAUAUGUGGGAAUGUU